ACCCAGUGCGCGAGGGAGCUAACGUGGUAAAGCUGGUCUCGUGCUACUGCAAGGACCUACCGACUCGACGCUGGAGGACCGGGCUGCUGAUUGUUCCACGCCGCCAUCGGUAUCAUCUCUACGUGUUCACUAACUCCACCACGCGACAUACAGUAUACUUACGCCUCUCGAUGCAACUGACGUGACUCUUGGGUGUUACGACUUCGCCCGCGCCUCCGUCAGUACCUCCUCUUAGGGGAAACGUACUUAAUCUUCUCACCAAGGACGUUCUCGACGCUUUCUUCUUCCUCCUAAGGAUCACGAACCGUAAUAUCCUCUUGUAAAGAAAACGGGACACGUGUGUGCCGUAUGUCCUUGGCCGUGACUUGAGGAGUGAGUGUGUCAGUGAGGCGAGACGACGCCCCUGUUAGAGAGUGAACCAGGAAGAAAAUAUAAAAUAGUCGAGUGUUGCAUCAUUAUUGGUGACUGUUGGACGAGAAAUAAAACCUAAAAGGUGUUUCCCUAAUUACAAGAGAACAAAAAUACUAUCUUAUCCUGCGACUAAAAGCUAUACUAGGAAAACUAUUGACUGACAUAUUAUAUUGCCGAGAGAAAAAGUAAUAAUAACUAAAAAGGAUUUAUGGGGAGCCAAGAAAGAAAAUAAAAGUCAGGUUCUCCUUCUCACUAGCCAUCUGCUGCUGAACACAACAACACCUUUUCCCCGACGCCACACAAGACGCGGCAGCUUCAGUGUCCUUCAAGUGUCGGAAAUCGGUAAUCGUGUGACAUAUGAGUGGUAGAAAGGCGAACUUGACCGUGGAAGGUUUUACCCGACACGAGCUGUGAGGACUCUUAGGGAGGCAGUGAUGUUGUCACGAGUUUCUCUACACUUCCAUCACCAGCAUUUACAACGAUAGUCUCGGGGUAGUUCUGACGUCCAGCUUGUCUUGUUUAUGUUCUGGAGGACGAGGAAGCCAGAAUGUCCUGUUAUCCUUAAACCCAGUUGAUCCUUUUCCGUAAUCUGAGUUAUCGUUCGAGUGACCUGUGCCGACGACAACGACGAACCCAGGACGUCCCGCUACCUGUGAGCUGUCGCCUCCAGGUAAUCUGUUAUUUCGAAAUGUCGGGAACUACCCACUGGCGACUGAGAAAAGAGAUGUUAGCCCAGGGGCCCUAAACCACUGGCCUACACCAGGAUAAUAUCUAGCUGGUCAGGCUUGUGGUGGAGACGCCACUCUCCUCCCUCUCACACGCCCUCCUCCUUGCCUCAGGCAAUUCAACCCUUUCUCGCCCCACACCACCUUCCCUCCCGACACCUGGGACCAUCGUCUCCGUAGUCAAUAUCUAAAAACUUUGAUGAAACAUAGUCAGUACACCAGCUGGGAUAUUAAGUGGAUAAAACUGAAGUAAAAACAUAUGUUAUCAGGAAGGAUAAUAGCCUAGAGGGUCGUGUGGGAGUAAACUGCCCCCCCUCUUCAUUAUCCCAUCCCGUCACCUCCCCAUCUCACCAGCCUGCACCCCACUCCCCUCCCCUCCCCUCCCUCUAACCUUCCUGCCUCCCUUCUCCUCCCAGGGACGGGAGGGUAUGAGGGUUCACUUUCUCUCUUAGUGUUGUCCUGGCGAGGCGAGGCAACGGUAGCGAGAGGCUCAGUGUGUGUGUGUAGUAGUAGUAGUAGUGGAUAGUGGUGAUGAGUAAACGCUAACUCGUCUCAUCAUAUCUCAGCUGGUACAACCUGUAACUCUCAUCAACGACGUGAGACACAAAUCACACUCUAAUAAGUGUGAUUUUUAUUAAUAUUUUUUUUACGGGACAGUAUUUAACAUGCAGCAUAAGAUAGUACACAGUAACGAGAACGUGCCUAAGCCUUGACAAUGACUCCUACGGCGGCACGCACCUUACUGCUCUUAAACAAUAAACGGUCCUGAACAAAUAUAGUAAUAAGAGAAGUGUAGAAAACAACUAGGGAAUAAUAUAAGCCGGAAGAACAUUAGUAGCUCGUGGUGUGACAAACUAGACGUCCCACCACAGUACUCCGAGGACCCAGACGUCCACCUCUGCUCUCACGACUCCACGAUGACAGGGGUCCUACUGUCCACGGCGCCCCUGGCAGCCUCGGUCUUCACGGCCUCCCUGUGGUUCCUGCCCGCCCUCCUCGCCGCCAUCGCCUACUACAAGUACGACGAGAUCGACCCUGAGUCUCGACCCAUCGACAGGAAAAGGCUCUUCAAGGAGUACGACUUUAUCAUAAUUGGCGCGGGAUCAGCGGGUGCCGUGAUCGCCAACCGCCUUUCUGAGAACCCGAACUUCAACGUGCUGCUGCUGGAGGCUGGGGGAGAUGAGACGGAAAUUAGCGAUGUACCCGCCCUGGCAGGAUACCUUCAACUAUCUAAAAUGGACUGGCGGUAUAAGACAGAACCCCAAGACUCUGCCUGUCUCGCCAUGGCCGGCAGGAGAUGUAACUGGCCGCGGGGGAAGGUGAUGGGCGGGUCGUCCGUGCUCAACUACAUGCUGUACGUACGAGGCAACAGGCGGGACUACGACCACUGGGAGGCUCUUGGCAACCACGGCUGGGGCUACGACACCAUCCUCCACUACUUCAAGAAGUCAGAGGACAACAGAAACCCUUACUUAGCCAGGAACGUACACUACCAUGGGACGGGCGGCUACCUGACAGUACAGGAGGCGCCCUGGAGGACGCCCCUCGCCACAGCCUUCGUGGAGGCCGGCAUCGAGAUGGGUUAUGAGAACAGGGACUACAACGCUGAGUUCCAGACGGGGUUCAUGAUCCCACAAGGCACACUGAGGCGAGGGUCACGGUGCUCUACCAGUAAGGCGUUCAUCAGACCAGUGAGACUCCGGCCCAACCUGCACGUGGCCAUGCACUCCUUCGUCACCAAGAUCCUGAUUGACCCCUACACUAAGGUGGCCUACGGGGUCCAGUUCCUGCGUCACGGUCACACACAGGUGGUGAAGGCCAGGAAGGAGGUGAUCCUGUCAGCCGGGGCCAUCAACUCCCCACAGCUCCUCAUGCUCUCCGGGAUAGGUCCUGCCAAACAGCUCAAUCCACUUGGGAUCCCUAUAAUUCAGGACCUGCCCGUUGGCCAUAACCUGCAGGACCACAUCGGGACGGGUGGCCUGGUGUUCCUCAUCGAUAAGAAGGUGUCGCUCGUCCAGACUCGCUAUGAGAACCUCCCUAGCGUCCUUAAGUACGCCAUGUUUGGCUCAGGACCCCUCACAGUGCUGGGAGGUGUGGAAGGCCUGGCGUUCGUCAAGACCAAGUUCGCCAACCAAACAGACGAUUGGCCUGACAUAGAGUUCCACUUCAUCUCCGGGUCGCCAGCCUCCGACGGUGGCCGACAGAUCCGCAAGGUUCACGGCCUCUCUGAGCGUACUUGGCAGCAAAUGUUUAAGCCAAUAUCGUUCCGAGACAGCUGGUCGGUUUACCCUAUGUUGCUGAGGCCCAACUCGCGCGGGUACAUAACCCUGCGCUCGGCCAGCCCCUUCGACAAGCCAUAUAUCACCCACAACUACUUGACCGACCCUCAGGACGUCUUGGUCAUGAUUGAAGGUAUCAAAAUCGCACUGGCGCUGACGGAGACGCACGCGUUCAAGAAAUUCGGCUCCAGGUUCUACACGCGACCCAUGCCAGGAUGUGAGCACGCGCCCCUGUGGACGGACGCGUACUGGGAGUGUCUGGCGCGGUAUUACACAUCCACCAUCUACCACCCCGUUGGUACCUGCAAGAUGGGGCCGUACUGGGACCCAGGAGCUGUCGUCGACCCCGAGCUGAAAGUGUACGGCGUCUCAGGUCUGCGGGUGGCCGACGCCUCGAUCAUGCCCACACUAGUCUCAGGCAACACCAACGCACCCGUCAUCAUGAUCGGCGAAAAAGUAUCAGAAAUCAUUAAACAGUACUGGUACGGCAAAAAGAGAUGAUGAAGGCCACGGGCAUAAUAGUUGCUGCUGCUUCUGUUGUGACGCUACAGGCAUUUACCCGGUAAAGGGUUCCAAUAGUUUAUCCUCGGGGAGCUCCUUUAUGAGUUACUUUUUCUGAAAGUGGCGUUGUUCCGUUCCUUACUUUAGAAAAAUAAAACUUUAUUACGUAUGUGAGUUUAGUCUUGGCGUCGUUUUUUAUUCAUUGGAAUGAAUAUAAACAUUGUUAUGUGACAACUUGUCUGAACAGUGUUUCACCCUUUACAUUAGAAACAAUAAGUGCACUUCUGACAGUGGAAAAGUAAACCGUUAAAUGUGCAUUUUGUAUUGACUAAUGGAGUUAAGUCAAUGCUGGAACUGUAUAUAAUAUGAAUUAGUACCAAUAAUGACUGCCAAAAGUGUUUGCUCAAUAUUUGCCCUUCGGUCAGUCCUACUUGGUAAAUGCAUUUUGGACACAAUGAAUAACUCUCCAUGAAUCCUAAUACAGUACUUAUGGAUCUACUCGAGUUGGCUAGGUGCUUAAA